CUUCAUCCUGUCUACAGACGCAGUGAGCUACCAUGAAGACCUUCUUCUUCCUUGCCUUCCUUGGAGCUGCUGUUGCUCUCCCCAUAAAUGAUGACGAUGACAAGAUUGUUGGAGGUUACACCUGUCAGAAGAAUUCUCUCCCCUACCAGGUGUCCCUGAAUGUUGGCUACCACUCAUGUGGUGGUUCCCUCAUCAAUUCCCAGUGGGUUGUUUCAGCAGCUCACUGCUACAACUCUCGAAUCCAGGUGCGCCUGGGAGAACACAACAUUGAUGUCCUUGAGGGUGGUGAGCAAUUCAUUGAUGCAGCUAAAAUCAUUCGCCACCCUAAGUACAACAAAAAGACCUAUGAUAAUGACAUCAUGUUGAUUAAGCUGAAAUCAUCUGCUGCUCUCAACUCUCGAGUGUCCAUUGUCUCUCUGCCAAGUUCCUGUCCAUCAGCUGGUACUAAGUGUCUUGUAUCUGGCUGGGGCAACACCUGGAGCAGUGGCACCAAAAUGCCUUCACUCCUUCAGUGUCUUGAUGUCCCUGUCCUCUCUAACAAUUCUUGCAAAAGUUCCUACCCAGGCAAGAUCACCAGCAAUAUGUUCUGCCUGGGCUUCCUGGAGGGUGGAAAGGACUCCUGCCAAGGUGACUCUGGUGGCCCUGUGGUCUGCAAUGGAGAGCUCCAAGGUGUUGUUUCCUGGGGCGAUGGCUGUGCAUUGAAAGGGAAACCUGGUGUCUACACUAAGGUCUGCAAGUAUGUGAGCUGGAUUCAGCAGACUAUCGCUGCCAACUAAGCGCCUUUAUCACUUAACAAGCCAUCUCUCUGUAUUCAGAGUCACCUUACUUCUAUCCCCCAUCACAAUAAAAACAUUUUCUUCUUA